AUGACCAGGCUGUGGGGAUUGUCUCGUCGUGGACCUCGCUGUGGGGGUCGUCUUAUCUUGGACCUCGUUCUCGCUCUCCUCACGCCAUCGUCUCCCUCUCGCGCUGAGCUGCUCUACCCUUCCUGGCUCUCCCGCUCUGCAUUCAUCAUGGCACUGGGCUACACUCUAACCGUCCACUGGACUGCUUGCUGCACCUCCCAGGCUGCCUUUGCUGCCAUCGCGUCCCUGCUCAUGGCCCACAGCGCAUGGGAGGUCGUUUCAGGCUCACCCUGGGACCCCACUGCACCGCUCUUCACCCUCUUCCACUCCCUGCUGUGCAUCCCACUCCCUCCUGCCACCCUCCCAUCACCCAAGCCCCAUGCCCCUGACUCCACCACCAUACCAUCAGCAGUUCCCCACCCUCCAACCCAACUUAACGGCCACAGCAGCAGCAGAGGGCAGGGUGGGUCGCAGGGCACGCAGCAGCAGAGGCGAGAGGAGGGGGAGAGCAGUGGUAGGUUGGGGAGCACUGCUGUGCGGGACAGAGCAGCCCGGCACAGGAAACCCCAGCGGGCGUGA